UCAGCACCAUGAAGAUUAAUUUGAAGUUCAUUUUGCUAUAAAGAGGACGACCUGCUCCUUGUUAGGGGGGAGAAUACAGACUGACUGAAGAUGAGUGGAUGUGAAGGACGGGACAGAACCGAAUCCUCAGCUUCCAGCUCUCUCUCUAUGAAGAGUGACUGCUCCAGAAAUUUUCCUCCAUUCUUCGACGAUGAACCUUCAGAUAAGGGGAGAAGCAGCAGCCAGCUGUCUGAGGCAGAUCAGAUCUCCUGCUGUGGACGCUACAUGGCCUUAGAACUGGACCAGCCUGCUUCAGGAAGCUCCUCUCGUUCCGAGUGUGUUGAGAGGUUCUGUCCCCUAACUGGACCACAGAGGACUGAAGAUGAUGGUGGCGGUCUUCAGAAGGUCUUAGACCUCCAUAAGAUAAGCCUGAGGAGGAGAUGUGCACACGUAUCUGAGGGAACUGAUGGAUUAGGAGGCCAAACCCUGCUGACCAGCAUCUACACUGAGCUUUACAUCACAGAGGGGCAAGGAGGACAUGUUGAUACCCAACAUGAGGUCAGGCAGCUGGAGACAGCUUCCAUGGCUCUCAGUGACUCUCCAAUCAGAGUCCAGGACAUCUUCAAAUCCUUGCCUAACCAACAUGGAGCCAUCAGAGUGGUUCUGACCAAUGGCAUCGCUGGUGUUGGAAAAACCUUCUCAGUGCAGAAGUUCACUCUGGACUGGGCAGACGACUUGGAGAACCACGAUGUCAGUCUGGUGGUACUGCUUUCCUUCAGGGAGCUGAACCUGAUCAGAGAUCAGCAGCACAGUCUUCUCACGCUGCUCCAUGUUUUCCAUCCAACCCUCCAGAAGCUCCCAGCAGAGAAGCUGGCUGUCUGGAAACUUCUCUUCAUCUUUGACGGUCUGGAUGAAAGCAGACUUUCUCUGGACUUCAACAACAGUCUGCUUGUUUCUGACGUCACACAGAAAACAUCAGUCAACGUUCUGCUGAUGAACCUCAUCAAGGGGAACCUGCUUCCCUCGGCUCUGGUCUGGAUAACUUCCCGACCUGCAGCAGCCAAUCAGAUCCCUCCUUCCUGUGUUUCCAGGGUAACAGAAGUACGAGGCUUCACUGACGCCCAGAAGGAGGAGUACUUCAAGAAGAGGUUCAGUGAUGAAGAGAUGUCCAGCAGGAUCAUCUCCCACAUCCAGACCUCCAGGAGCCUCUUCAUCAUGUGUGGGAUCCCAGUGUUCUGCUGGAUCACUGCUACGGUUCUGGAGAACCUGUUGACCACAGAGCAGAGAGGAGAGCUGCCUAAGACCAUGACUGACAUGUACUCACACUUCCUGCUGGUCCAGACCAGGAGGAAGAAGAACAAGUACGCUGAAAGAGAUCAGGCAAGUCCACAGGAGCUGAUGGAGGCUGACAAGGAAGUUCUCCUGAAGCUGGGGAGGCUGGCGUAUGAAAACCUGGAGAACGGGAACAUUGUGUUUUAUCAGGAAGACCUGGAGCAAUGUGGUCUGGAUGUCACAGAGGCCUUAGUUUUCUCAGGAGUUUGUACAGAGAUCUUUAAAAGAGAGAACGUGAUCUUCCAGAAACCCAUCUACUGCUUCGUCCAUCUGAGUGUCCAGGAGUUCCUGGCUGCAGUCUACAUGUUCCAAUGUUUGACCAGCAGGAACACCGAGGUGGUGGAGAACUUCCUUGGUAGUUCACCUGAUAGCCUUGUUAGGAAAGACGGCUCCUCAGCCAUAGAUGGCUUUCUGGAGAGAGUCCUGGUAAAGUCUCUCCAAAGUAAAACCGGCCAUCUGGACCUGUUUGCCCGCUUCCUUCAUGGUCUUUCUCUGGACUCAAAUCAGAAGCUCUUGAGAGGCCUGGUUGGUGUAACAGGAACAGGUCCAGAAACCAUCCAGCGAGUCAUCAACAACCUGAAGCAGAUGAAUACCCACAAAAUAUCUCCAGACAGAAGCAUCAACGUCUUCUACUGUCUGAUGGAGAUGAAUGAUCUCUCAAUCCACCAGGACAUCCAAGAGUUUCUGAGGUCGGAGAACCGAUCAGAGAGGGAGCUCUCAGAGAUCCACUGCUCUGCUCUGGCCUACAUGCUACAGAUGCUAGAGGAGGUUCCGGAGGAGUUGGACUUGGCUAUGUUCAACACAUCAACAGAGGGGAAGAUGAGGCUGAUCCCAGCAGUAAGGAACUGCAGAAAGGCUCGGCUAGUCGGCUGCCGACUCUCAGAGACUCAUUGUGAAGUCGUGGCCUCGGCUCUGAUGGCCAGCUCCUCUCAGCUGAUAGAACUGGACCUAACUGGAAAUGUCCUGCCUGACCUGGGAGUGAAGCACCUGUGUGCCGGACUCGCCAGUCCACACUGUAAACUGGAGAAACUCAGACUGAGAGGCUGCAGGCUGUCAGAGAUCAGCUGUGAUACUCUGGUUUCUGCUCUCUCAUCAAACCCGUCUCAUCUAAAACAUCUGGACCUGGGCCUGAACAACAAACUGCAGGAUUCAGGCAUGAAGCUUCUCUGUGCUUUUCUAGAAGAUUCCCAAAGUAAACUGAAGACCCUCAGAUUGUUUGAAUGCAGUCUAUCUGGGAUAAGCUGUGCUUAUCUGGCCGUGGCUCUCAGAUCCAACCCCUCCCAUCUGAGACAUCUGGACAUGAGUGGAAACAACCUUCAGGAUGAAGGAGUGAAGCAGCUGUGUGCUUUCAUUGAGGAUCCUCACAGUAGUCUGGAGAAACUAAGGUUGUGGGGCUGCAGGCUGUCCUGGAUCAGCUGCUCCUGUCUGGCCUCAGCCCUGAAGACCAACCCGUCUCUGAAACAUCUGGACCUGAGAGACAACAACCUGCAGCAGUCAGACGUGCUGGAACUGCUGAGUCCAACCUCUGGCCUGCAGAAGCUGCGAUGGAAGUGACCUGCUGACCUGCUCCAUAACAGUUCUGGGUCUAUUCUGGGUCUCUGGUUCAGGUUCUUUCCAAACUGAAGCUAAUAGACUGAUUUUCAGGCCAUUGAAUUGAUCUCCAAGUGUCUCUGAAGUGUUUCUGGAGUCGGAGCCGUUAAAGUUGAAGGUUGUUCUGUGAGGAAACCUUCUAAACUGCAGCACAAAAACGGAACAGAAUACUUGAAGGCUUGAGUCCAAAAACAUCAGAACCGGGUCCUCUAAGCUCUGUUUUAUAAUCU